ACCCCACACGCAUGUCCUCGCAGUCCUCAGCCGCAGGCAGCUCGUACGCGCAGCAGGCGAUGCUCGAGUGCGCGCUGCAGGUGCUCGACCAGCCCAUCGCGCUGCUCGCCGCCGGCAGCGUCGGCGACGAGCAGAUGAGCGCCACCAGCAGCCUCAUUCCCAGCAGCACCGUCGGCGUGCACCUGCGCCACGCACACGACCACUUUCGCCUGCUGCUCGAGUCGCUCGGCUCCUCGGCCUCCGCGUCCGCAGUGGCACUCGACUACGACUGCCGCACGCCGGCGCCGGCGUUUGAGCGCUCCGCCGAGACGGCACGCGCCGAGCUGCUCAAGAUCAAACGGCAGCUGCAGCAGGCCUUCGGCGAGCACGCGGAGCUGAUGGAGAAGGAGGUCCGCCUCGCGGCCACCACGCCGGCACGGCUCGACUUUGGCACCACCGUCGGGCGAGAGCUGUGGUUCGUCUGCCUGCACGCCAUCCACCACUACGCGUUUAUCCGCGCCAUACUCUCCGGCGAGCUGGGCAUCGAUGUGGGGCCCGAGUUCGGCGUGGCGCCAAGUACGCUUGUCAACAAGGCCUUCCGCAGCCAAGGCAAGAUGUAGCCGGUCCACACGCGCCUUCCUUCUUCGCCGUCACGCCGGCUCUCACGACCUGUCCGCUGUAUUCGUAUUCGCCCCUUAGAUACGGCCCCCUCACGCAUUCACACACGUCACGCACACCACGUUCCAGGCUCGACUGCUGCAUUAGCGCAGACCGAUGUGCGAGAAGAGCAGCGGGAUCGGACACGCUGCGGCAAAGCCGAUGGCUGCGUAGACGAUGACCUUUGCCAGCACUGCAAGGCGGCGUGAGCCUCGGGACACCCUGCGCGGGGUGAGAACUCACCGUCUGCGUCGUAGUGCCGCACCUGCUCGGCGUGCCUGUCUUCUGGGCGCUCGAACUUCAGGCCCGACUCCUCGACGUUGCGCUGCCUCUCCUUCUCCUCGCUCGAGAUGGCGCCCGCCAUGCGAUCCGCCAAGCUGUCGCCAGGCAGAUGCGUGCCCGGGUGCGUAAAGGGCACGGGCAGCGUGGCGCCGUCGCCGAGGGUGAAGCGGAUCUUUGU